AGCUGACAAGUGGUGCCUGUGCGGAGCUCAGCCUGCUGGAGCCUAGCCAUGACGCUGUGGUACCUAGUGCUAGGAGCUCUGCUCACAGUUGUGGGAUGCCUGUGCCUGUCCUUGCUGCUCAGGCACCGCAGGCCCUGGGAGCCACCUCUGGACAAGGGUCUUGUGCCCUGGCUGGGUCACGCCAUGGCUUUCCGGAAGAAUAUGUUUGAAUUCUUGAAGGGAAUGCGGGCCAAGCACGGAGAUGUCUUCACGGUGCAGCUAGGAGGCCAGUACAUCACCUUUGUCAUGGACCCCCUGUCUUUUGGCCCCAUUGUUAAGAACACACAGAAAGUGCUAGACUUUGAGCCGUAUGCAAAAGAACUGGUGUUCAAGGUGUUUGGGUACCAGUCUCUAGGCGACGACUACAGGAUGAUCCACUCAGCUAGUGCCAAGCAUCUGAUGGGGCAAGGCCUGGAGGACCUCAACAAGGCUAUGUUGGACAGCCUGUCUUUGGUGAUGCUAGGGCCCAAAGGCCCGAGUCUAGGAGCCAGCUCCUGGUGUGAAGACAGCCUCUUUCUCUUCUGCUACAGAGUCCUGUUUAAGGCUGGCUUCCUGAGCUUAUUCGGCUACACCAGGGACAAGCAGCAGGACCUGGAAGAGGCCGAUAAGCUGUUUGCGAAGUUCCUCCGAUUUGACGUCCUUUUCCCAAGGUUUGUGUACUCCCUGCUGGGGCCCCGGGAGUGGGUAGAAGUCAGCCAGCUGCAGCGUCUCUUCCACCAGAGACUCUCUGUGGAGCAGAACCUGGAGAAAGACGGCAUAAGUAACUGGUUAGGCUGCAUGCUUCAGUUCCUGAGGGAGCAAGGGACAGCUUCAUCCAUGCAGGACAAAUUUAACUUUAUGAUGCUCUGGGCCUCCCAGGGGAACACAGGGCCCACCUGUUUCUGGGUCCUCUUAUUCCUGCUGAAGCACCAGGAUGCCAUGAAGGCUGUGCGUGAGGAAGCUGCCCAGGUCCUGGGUGAGGCCAAGCUGGAAGCUGAGAAGUCCUUCAGUUUCACUCUCGAGGCCCUGAAACACACUCCAGUGCUGGACAGUGUGAUGGAGGAGACUCUGCGUCUCUGUGCCACCCCCACCCUCCUCAGGGUGGUGCAGGAAGAUUACACCCUGAAGAUGGCCAGUGGGCAAGAGUACCAGAUCCGUCGUGGAGAUAAGGUGGCUCUCUUCCCCUAUCUGUCAGUACACAUGGACCCGGACAUCCACCCUGAGCCCACAGCCUUCAAGUAUGAUCGCUUCCUCAACCCGGAUGGCACCCGGAAAGUGAACUUCUACAAGUCAGGCAAGAAGAUACACCACUACAACAUGCCCUGGGGCUCAGGGGUCUCCAUGUGCCCCGGCAGGUUCUUUGCCCUCAGUGAGAUGAAGACCUUUGUCCUCCUUAUGCUUAUGUACUUUGACAUGGAGCUGGUGGACCCUGACACGCCCGUGCCCCCUAUUGACCCAAGGCGCUGGGGCUUCGGCACCUCCCAGCCCAGCUACGAGGUACGCUUUCGCUACCGCCUGAAGCCCAUGUGGUGAGCUCAGCUCUGAGCACACCCUGCAGCCCAGAGCAGCACUGAACACCCAUCCUCUGGCUCUGAGGCACCCCUUCCUCCCCACCCCCGCCCCCGGCAUUCCUGCUGUCUUGCCUCCUAAACAUCUCAGAGAUCUGGCGUGCUCCCUGUAAGAUGCCAUCCCUCUGGUGGUUUCUGCCUGACUCUCCUCUCAGGAGGAGCACCUGUGGUCGGCUCAGUUUACAGCUGAUUGUCCACCCGGGCCUGACUCAUCCAGGAGGACAGAACCAGCUCCUGUGAGUCAACCAGCAUCUUGCAAAUGCUGCCUCAACCCAUCCUACUUGCCUUACUCGAUGCCCUUACUCCAAAUCCUACCAACUCAGACUCCAGAGAUGUUGCUCAAUGGAAUCAAGCCAUGUGUGCAAUUGUUAAUUUCCUAAUAGAUAUGUACUAAAAGCAAA